UAUUUAUUGUUGAGUUGGGCUAUAAAUAGCACAUUCAGUCAGUAAUGAAUCUGUUUGUCUGAAGUAUCGCAGCGCCAUCUGGCGGUGAAAUGAAUCGCACGCAACAGAUGUUCAAAUACGCGUGAUAAAUAAAUUUAGGAUUUAUUUGUAUUACUGUUCACACUUACACAGAACACUUGAUGUAUCGCUGAAGGUAUGGAUGUGACUCUCAGGGCAUCUCAGCGCCUGUAUCAGUCCUGUAUCUGUUACCAUGGCGACGCUUCCCAUCCUCUGCAGUUUGAUUUCUGUGAUCCGUCAUCCUCUGCUGCACGUUCACAUUUCACUCUGUUAACAUCGACAUUUAAUAAUACAAACAUUGCUCUGUUAUAGUAUAAUCUCUACACACAACUGUAAAAUAUAGCAGUGUGUAUGUAGGAAAGGAUUUUGAUUCAUUAAACCAAUAAAAAAAUGAAUAUACAUAAAAAACGACCAAUAUUUUAUUCGUUAAUCACAACUGAUCUUGUUGUUUUUCGUGAAACUGCCAAACAUCCGACUCCAGUGAAUAUUACAAGAAAAGUAAAUAUCAGAUAUACAGUGUAUGUGGCCGGUUGGUUUGUGUGCCUGCAGACAGCAGGAUUUGUAGUUGUGUGUGAACUGACAGCAGGGUGUGUCUGUGUGUGUGUUCACCAUGGCAACACACGUGUGUUCCUGAGACUCAUUGAUUAAUGUGUGACGCCGGUCUCUGUGUUUUUGGUUUCAGGGUCCGCUGACCCCCGCUGCUCCUGUGAGUCCUUUGAGAUUGAAGCGGGACAUCGCCAUCUGGAGGUGAGCUGGGGCAUUGUGGGUAAUCCCAUAGGAUGUGUGUGUCCUCCUGCAAACCGCCCCACGCGCGCACACACACACACACACACACACACUGCCCGCAGUGCAACUGAUGUCUCUCUGAUCUGAGCUGACAUGCCCCUCCAGCAGGAGUGUGUGUGUGUGUGUCCUGCUGCACCACACACACACACACACACACGCACACACACACACAACCAUCAGCUCCUGUGCUGACCAGAAUGAAAAUUCAGACGAGAUCUCUUUAAUAUCUCAUUUGUUUCUCGUAGAGAACGGUGAGAACAAACUUCUGAAUUCUUCUGCUUCUUUUCUCAGAGACUGCUGAGAGCUCCCUGAGAUGAUCUGAGCGAUGCUGGUUUUGUGUUUAAUGUCCAUCAUCCGCUGGGCUCUGAUGUCAUUUAUUCAUGAAGAUCUUCUGCUUUAUCGGAUGGUCUGAAGGCUUGACACAGAUUUGCACUUUUCUGCGUGCGUGCCGCCCGCAGGAGAGAUCUCGCAUGUUCUGCUGCAGCGCCAGCGUGUUCCUCUGACGGCUGUCAGGUCCGGUUACAUCUCCAAACUCCCACCAGUGAGUUUAGCAGGGCAGAUCCGUCCCCAAAAAGCCCCUGAACAAACACGACCUGGAGAGCUCAGGAGACCUCGUGGAGAACAUUUCUUCCAAUUCAAAUGAAAAGGUCACAUGAUUUGAAGUGCUGAGAUCUCAGAGAGAGAGAGAGAGAGAGAGAGAGACCUGUACAUGAGCCGUCCAAACCCCGCCAGCCAAUCAGCUCUCACCCUCGCACCCCAGUCUGACCAAUCACAGCGUGUAUGUGUGUGUGAGCGGGGCUUGUGUUCCAGCAGGGUUGCUGUGCAGCGGUGGGCGGGGCUUGAGCUCUGGAGUGGCAGUGGUGUAGAGCGAGCGUUCAGAGGGAGGAGAGACAGCAGCAUCGUGUUAUCUGUCUGUCUGACUGUGACUGCAGCGCUGCAUGCGUGUGUGCGGGUGUGCUCAUGCGUGUGCUCAUGUGUGCCAGCGACGGCUGCAUCGCUUCUUCAUCAUCAUCGUCUUCAUCCUCAUCAGCCCGCCAUCAGCGUGAAUUCACAUCAGCAUCAGCACCUGCGCACGAUCCUGCUCAUCUGUUGCCGUGGUGAUGGGCUGUCGACUGUCAGGGCCGUGGAUGGGCGACGGGAUGGGGGUUCACGGUCGGGAUUUAAGUCACCUGCAGAAGCGAGAGGCCUUCCGUAUCCUGGCCAGCUAUGAGCAGCCAAUCACGCUUCAGAUCGAGGGACACGGUGGGCGGAGCCUGCAGUACAACAGAACGACGGACUGCAGUACGCAGACGGAGCGGCCGUGGGACCCCCUGCGCCCGUACUCGUGUACUGUACCGCGCAUGCCUCACGCUGACAGGACAUACCAAGGUCACAUGACCCUACCUGGUAACCGUAGAGACGCAGGCAGAUACGGAUACCUGCCCAACACAUCCAGAGACCCGCAGCACAGAGAACGCCUGACAUACAACGACUCAGAGUACUCCAGCGGAUCGUCUCCGGCUCAAAACUGUCUGAUCCGCUGCUGCAACACAAACCUGGAGGAACCCCGAAGCUUCCAGAGUCAGACCGAUGAUGAAGAUUACACCACGGAGAAACCGUUGGGUUACCUUCCUCUUCAUCACGAGCUAGACAGUGGCCUGGGCUGGACGGACGGCAGUUUCCAUCAGGGCGAGCUCUCGGGGGUGGAGACGGAGGAGGGGCUUGAGGAAUGCCGCGCCCGUGCAGGUGGAAACUCGCCCUCAUCAGAGUCCUUCAUCUCGUCCGAACUGAGCGACUCUGGAUUCUACAGCAUCAGCACCGGCGAGUUCCUGCGCUUCCAGCGGCUGCUGGAGAAACGCAUGCGCCACUACAACGCUCGCAUACAUCACCAGGGCGAGGCGUGUUCCCGCGAGCGGCGGGACAGUCAGAUCAAACACCGCGAGCUGGAGGCCAUCCCGGAGGCUCUGACGGUCCAGUCUCAAGACGUGUACGCAGAACCUGCGUCUCGAGGUCUGUCCCGCGUGUCGUCCAUGCAGUACCACAAGGCCGAGCGUCCGUGUCUGAACCGGCACAGCUCCAGCAGCGGCUCGUUGUUCAAUCCUUCGGCGCACUCCACGUGUAGCACCCCGUCUGGUCAGCGGAGGCCGCUGGUUCACCCGAGCUCUGCUGGAAUGUUGAGAAGAAGCAGGACGUUGCAUCAUCGUCCUGUGCCGAUGGAGUAUCGCAGACGGGCGAGCCACCCGGCAUCGCCCAACUACUGCAGCGCCACUCUGCAUAACUGUGGCUACAGAAUCGCCCCUCCAAUGGAUUUACCUGAAGAACCGGACAUGGGUCACCUGACACACCCUGUCUCACACCCGGCACACGCUACACACACGGUGAGUCAACCCUCUCUCAUCAUCUCUCCAGUAGACGACCACCGCUGCGCUCUGCCUCCAGAACUCCACGACAGGGCCCGGGCGUCAACUGAACCUCACCUGGAGCACAGCUUUGAAUUACCGCACAUCCGACAGCGAGAGGGCCGAUUCCACACCCUGAGUCACACGCCCAGUCAGGACGCCAACGACACCUGGCCUAAACCCGCCAAUCGAUCGGGCACGGGGGGCGGCCUCUACAGCACUUUAGAGGGCCACGCGCCCACCCCGAAAACGCCCAGUGCCAACAUGCGUGCGCUGCGAAACCAGAUGCUGCGGGACAGAGCGUCCCGACUGGCGGACGAGCGCAGCGGCAUGAGCACGGACGAGGAGAGCGAGGUCAGGAUGGGCCGUUACUGGAGCCGCACCGAGCGCCGCGAACACAUGCUGCAGAAACAGCGCCAGCAGCAUGCGAGGUGCGGAGCGGGUGUGCCGCAGGGGCCCGACGUCACGAGAGGAGCUAACCCCGAUAGUUACAACACCGUUCUGGAGCUGAGCCAGAGGAAACUGAGUCGACUGAGGAACCGCAAGCUGCUUGACGACUGGACCACCGUGGAAGAACUCCUGACCCACGGGACCCGUCUGGGCACGAGCGAUGACGCCCUGCAGCUGCCCAGGUCAUUGCUCACCGUCACGACUGUAUAGCGGAGCGUUCAGAUGACGCGUGCGUGCGUGUUUGUGUGUGUUGGACCGGCCGCACUAAACACAAAGCUACCUCCUGAAUUUGAGGUUUACUGUAGAUAGAAAUGUUUUCAUUCAGUUGUUCAUGUUAUGUUUGCAGUGUCUUGUUUUGCAUUGUGAGUGUUUUACUAAAGAGAGACAGCAAUACAACAUCACAUGCCGACACCAGACAAAGUGAAUUUCAUUUGGUGCAAGCCCGGUAUUUUCUUCGAAAAGUUGUUUACAUUAUGGAUUACUUACGGUGGUGCUAACGGCAAGAUCGUCAUUUGAUUCGCAACUUUUGCACAAGAUCUGAAAUUCCCUGAGUUCGGGUGAUCGGGUGUGCAGGGUCACGCUGGAGAUCGGGCAGCGGAACGUGCGUCGUGAAGCGUGCGGGUUCUUGCACUAUAACCGUAGUUCUGUAGAGAAUUUUUCAAGCUAUUUUUCUUGUGCUCUUCACAAUUGAUGUCACGAAAAGAAACUUUUUAAAAAAGAAUGCUAGUGGAUUAAAAGGUAGUCAAAUUCUCGAUGCAGACGACGCACUGAACUGUUUGUUUUGUUGCACCGUGCAAAUGGGGUGUAUGAACACGGGUCGAUGACGUUCUUCUGCUAAAAUCUCAGCGAGCUCUGUUACAUUUGGUGCCCUUUAGUGCUAUGAGACCAGAAGUCACCUAGCUGGCUGAAUUUUUGCGGAAGUAUGUCAUCGUUCCAUGUGCAUAUACCCCACCCUGAUAGCACACUCCAUCUGGAGUCUAUUUGACGUCUGCAUUGACAUCUGCAAGACAUAGUUUGCUCAUCUGCAAUACGUCUCAGAGACGUCUGCUGUCAGACGUCAUAUAGACAUCUAGAAGAUGUCUGUCAGAUGUUUAAGAUUAAGAACGGAUGUAAAACUCUUUCUAAGAUGUAUAGCAGAUGUUUUUACACAGCAGAUGUUUUCCAGAUCUUUAGCAGACGUAUUACAGACGUCUCCGAGACGUAUUGCAGAUGAGCAAAUUAUGUAUUGCAGAUGUCUUUCAGACAUCAAAUAGACGUAAGCCAGAUGUAGUGUGCUAUCUGGGAAUUUAUUGAGUAUUUCUGGUGCACCUUUCUGCAAACCAGCGGGUUCACAACGGACGUCAUUUAUAAAACACGAGCCGUAUGAAUAUCUGUGUACGUUUGAUAUAUUUACACAAGAACCACAGAUCAAUGUUUUUGUGAUCUAAAUAUACCGGAAAUCAUUCUGCUCGUGUUUCUCAAAUGAGUCUCAGUGUUUUUUUAAAGGAGGAGAAGAGGUCUGAAUCACACGUGUCAGUGUUUGCAGGUUUGUUCUGGAGCAGAAUAUCAGGAUAUUUCUCCCACACAUGCACUAUUUUUGGUGCACGAGCACUGGAGUGUUUACAAUUUUCCCUCACAACUGUGACUCUCUGUCUCUCGCUCUCAUUCUCACCGUGAGUCAAACGCUGUGAAUAAUGGAUGUGGACGGAUGGAACAUCUUCCCGUGUACGACGCGCAGAUGAACUGCUUCGCGUUUUGCUCGAUUCCACUUUUCCAGACGAUUUUCUUGGAUUAUGAUGUACAUGUUGGUUGUAAUAAAGAUGAGAGUUUAAUUAUCUACUCCUGCUGCUGUCUUCUCGUGUUCUUCAUUUCAUUUACAACAUCUGAUGUAACGU